UUCCUCGUGCCGCCUGUUCCUUCCACUUCCCGGCUCUUCCGGUUUGAACCGAAAGCUCCGAGCCCGCUGAGUGCGGUUUGAGUUUUGUGGUGCCGUGCAGCCCUAGGAUUUUGGCUUAGUAACUGCAAUGUGAGGGCGCGUCGGUAGGCACUUCAGGGCUGUUUUUAUAUGUGGCAUAUGAAGAUGAUGGGUUAGUACCCUUGGAGUCCUCUGGGUUUGAUUUAACUGAUCUGAAAGGCAGUAUGGGGUGCCCCAGAGCGUGGGAGGGCUAGGUUGUGCGGGCUGUACCUACAUCCAGAUGGUAAUUAUAAUAAGAAGGGAAGAGUUUGGAUAGAUUAUAGGACGUCAACCAGGAAACUUUCAACAUCUGUGGAACUAGGAGCUCCGGAGACUCAAGUUCUCGGGAAUUAUAAAUGAAGAGACCUCUUUGUAAAGGAGUCCAGAUGUCUAAGAAGAAACACGUAAUGCGCUGAUGCAUAUUACUUCCCAUUCUACCUCUCCAGAGAGUGUCCACACUUCAGGAACCAGACUGUUUCCAUGUGCAGCCAAAUGGCACCAAGCUCCAUGAGGACAGAAGCUCCUUUGUUUGGGACCUUGCCCUCUGUAUCCCUUCGUCCGGCUGUUGGUUCAUAUUCUUUAUCAUAACCUUCAGUAAAGUGGUAAACUUAGAGUGAACUGCCUUGGCCGGUGGAUUGUGAGUGGAAGUUACACGUGUCCUUGAGAGCUGGAAGCUUUAAGAGCCUGUGUGGUCACACGAUGGUGGCUGUUGUGUCUGCUGGGAUCUGGAAGGAGGGACCGUGGAACAGAACCCUCAUGUGGCGUGGGUAUGAUUUAAGUCUGGAUGAAACGGGAGCUUUGACAUUUCAGAGAGUGCAGUUUGUCAUGGGUCUACCUCUGUUAAAACGUGCAAUUCAGGAACAGGCAGAGAAUACAAAGAAUUUUGUCAGUCGGAGCCUGGCCAUAGGAGAAGUCCUCUCCAUGGCAGACAUGGCCACAGGAGUAAAGCGUGGAAUAAUUUACUGGCUAUUUGGUGGCGCAGUCAGGAAUCUUGGAAGCCCGGGACAUGUGACUAAGUGGCUUCAGCCACUCCAGGGGCAGAAAUACACUGGGAUGUUCGCAGUGACCGAGAGGGGCCACGGGAGCGACGUGAGAGGGAUCCAGACCCAAGCCACCUUUGACCUCUCUGCGCAGGAGUUCGUAAUUGACACGCCGUGUGAAAAUGCUGAGAAGAUGUUCGUUGGAAACGCGAUGCAUGGGAAUUACGCGGCCGUGUUUGCUCAGCUCAUCAUAAAUGGAAGGUCUCAAGGGCCCCACUGUUGCAUUGUUCCUGUCUGCGAUGAAAACGGAAGCUUGUACCCAGGAGGGACAGCCGUUGAUAUGAUGUACAAAGAAGGCCUGCGUGGUGUGGAUAAUGGGAUUUUAAUAUUCAACGAGGUUCAGAUUCCAAGGGAGAACCUUCUGGAUAAGUUUGGCUCUGUGGCUCCAGAUGGGCGGUCCCCUUCCCCUAUUAAGAACAAGAGUGCAAGAUUCAACGGGAUGCUGGCAGCGCUGACCCCUUCAAGGUUAGCUGUGACUUUCCAAGCUAUGGGUGCCACGAAGCUUGGGCUGACGAUAGCCAUCCGCUAUAGUCACAGCCAGAGGCAGUUUGGGCCUAAAGCCAAGAAAGAAGUCAAGAUCAUUGAGCACCAAACACAGACCCUUCGGCUGAUGCCUCACCUGGCCACAGCCUUGGCCUUGACCUUCGCCAGCAGGUCUGCCGGGGGCCUCCUGGACAAGGACGUGUUCCGUGGGAAGGAGCUCGUGGACAGUCGCCCCUUGCAGGCUCUGGUGGCGGGGCUGAAGGCCUACAGUACGUGGGAGAACGUCAGCUGCCUGCAGGACUGCCGCGAGUGCACAGGAGGCAUGGGUUACAUGAUGGAAAACCGAAUCUCAGGCCUAAAAUGUGACACAGAUGUGUUUGUAACUUUUGAAGGUGACAAUGUUGUUAUGCUGCAGGUUGUGGUGCGGGAACUGCUGGCUCGAUGUACCAAACAGCAUCAAGAGAAGCCACUCUCCCCCGUGUUCCGAGACUGGGCUGAGUCUGGGAGUGACAAGCUGAGAACCAGUUUCUUGGCAUUUGAUGUGGACACAGUCGGUAAUCUCGCCUUUCCGUUGAAAGCAGUGAAUUUUCGCGAAAGGGCUCUUCGCCGGAGUUUGGUGGCCAGAAUUCAUUACAAGGUGACGAGCAAGAAGGAGAACUUGUUCGGUACCUGGAACUCGUGUCUUCGUCAUGUUGCCUCCCUGUCUCUGGCGCGCAUUCACAGAGUUACUCUAGAGCAGUUCUGGCCGGCAGUGAGGAGCUGUCCUGAGCAAGAGGACCAGGCUUUGUUAAUGAAGUUUUGUCUGUUAUAUGGAACCAAGCUGGUGUUUCAGGAGCGAGCCUGGUAUCUAGAACAUAAAUAUUUGACUCCCACGGCCAGCAUGAGGAUUAGGAGUCAGUUACUGGAUUUGUGCGACUCGGUGAAGGAUGAUGCCCUGAGGGUGAUCUCCGCCUUUAACAUGCCACACACCUCCCUCCACGCACCAAUCGCCGGAAUCACCAAUGCGCAGGCGGCCUGGGCCUUCUACCCUGCACCGCCACAACCCCAGGCCCGAGAAGGGGCGCGCUCUCAGCGGCCCAAGCUGGGAGCCAAGUUAUAG